GCCCAAGGGCCUGUGUCACAAUGUCACACAGUCGGCCUACAGCCCCCAUACUUCCUCGUUCGCGAGCGCAACGACUACAUAAGUUUAAGGCUUCACAUAUUAGACUGUUUUAACACAAACUGUCACUACAAUACGCACUUUGCAGACUAGAAUGUCGGCAUGUUCACUUGCCAGCGACGAAAGGCACUCCGCCCAGUCCGCAAUGUGCGCAUGUAUGACAAGUAGCUAAGAGGCGGCGCGCUUGAUGAGGUGCUCCGGGCUCAUAUGCCACGGCUUCCGGAGGAAGUGGAGGUGGAGGAGGGAGCGGUUGUGCCGGAGGAGCAGCUGAUGGCCCUGGGCAGCGCGGACUUUAUGCUUAACUCCUUUCCCGACGUCAGGAUGGGGGACGACGGCGGCACCAGCGUGGACGGCUGCAGCAGCGGCACCACCGCCUGGCUCGCCGCUAUGCAGCAGCAGCAACAACAACAACAGCAGCAGCGGCAGCCAGCACCAGCCACGGCGCCGCCAGCCGAGGACGCGCCGGUGGAGAGCGCGCACGCCGCAUCUGCUGACGCAGCGGCGACGGCCAUGGCCAGUGGGGAUUGCCAGCGCGCUGCCGCCUCCUUGGUGCCGCCAUCGCAGCAGCCGCAGCAGCCCCAGCCCAUGACACUGGCGGUGAACAGCAGGGCUCGCCGGCCCGGCAUCCUCUCGCUCGUCGCUGGCAGUGUGGUUGGCAACAGGGUUUCGUCAGACGCCUCCGCUCACGUGGUCUCCACCACACCGACAGCAGCAUUUACAACCCCUCAAGGCGCACAGCCGCAGGCCGCCGGGCAAGCCCUACAGCAGGCGGCAGUGCCAGCGUCGGAUUCGGCUGUCAGCACCGUUGCUGUCGCCAGCAGCGCGGAUGGUAACGGCGCCUUGCCUCCUGGCGUGAUGGUCAACAUAUCGGUCCGCUCAACCGAGUGGCUACGUGUGCCGGAUCGGUGGGGCCUGCCGACGCCCGCAGAGGUGGUGGCGGCGGCCGCCGGGGCCGCCGCAGCCGGGGCGUCACAAGCGGGCGACUUCUCGGCCCACCCGAAAAUCCCUAUGAGCUGGCUAUUCUGCGGCCGUGGUGCACACAGCAUCUCCGACCCCGUGGCUCUCCCCGCCGUGCAGCAGGCGGCUGUGGCGGCGGCCGCCGGGGCCGCAGCAGCAGCACACGCUGCCGCCGCUGCUGUGCGCGCCGCUGCUGCCGCGGCCGCAGACACCGAAGCCGCCGCCAGGGCGGAGGGCGGCGGCGCCUGUUCGCCCGACGCCGACGGCGUGCUCGCCGCGCGCCGCGCCUCAUCCACCGCGGCGUUUCAGCAGCUGCAGCCGGCCCUUCGACUGCCGCACUCCUCCAUCCCGCAACUGCCGGCGGUCGCUGAAGGACUGCUGCUGCCGCCGCCGCCGCUAGCGGAUGCCCCCGCCGCCGCCCCCGCAGGCAACGGCCGAGGCCAUGGUCACAGCGAGCACGACGCCAUGCUCUCCACUGGGCCUCUCCCUGACGAUGAGUUGCUGAGUGCGUGGGAUGACGACUGGGGUCCGAUGGUGCCGCCGGCGGGGGCGGCAGCGCGGCUACCGCCGGUCGACCGUGGACUGCUGCGCGGUCUGAGCCCCUGGUCGGCGGCCGAGGCAGAGCUGGAGGCAGUCGCGGUCGGCCACCUGCUGGCGCCGCUGCCGCCACUGGCGUGCCUGCAGACACACAUGCAGCAGCCGCAAGGCGGCAACGGCGGCGCGGCGGCGGGCACCCGCCGCGCGGAGGCCGCGGCGGCCGGCGCUCGCACGUCCAUCAAUGCUCCUCCUGCCGACGGCGCGCGCGUGCGCAGCAGCACCAGGAGUGCCAGCCGCAACGCCGCGGCCGGCGCGCAGCUGGCGGCAGCAUCCGCGGGCGCCAAGACGGCCGCUGGCGGCGCGGCUGGCGGGCCUCACGCUCGCGCCUACUCCCCUUUCGCCGCUGUUACGGACUCUACCGGUGCCGCCGACGCGGUAGCCGCAUCGGCGCCGCCGGUCGCCAGCGGAGCCGCCAGUGACGGCGCCGCCUUGGACCAACGCACCGGCAGCAGCGCCCUGGCAGCCUCGCCCGCCACCGCCACGGCCGCCGCCAUCCUCCGCACGCAGUCGCUUAACCUCGAGCCACUGGAGCCGCUGCCGCAACUGCCCCUGCUGGAGGAGGUGCACACCGCCUUCUGCGCCGGCGGCAGCGGCGGCGGCGCCGACGGCGUCGAUGACAUGUUUUUCGAAGCGGCGGCAGCGGCCGCCGCGGCCGCGGCUGCCGCCGCCAUCACCAUUAGCGCCUCGCCCUUCUCAGCUGCCGCCGCUGGCGCUGGGCUCAGGAUGGACGCGGCGGCGGACAGUGCCGCCUUUGCCCUGCUGACGGCGUCCGGUCGAGGCGUGGGCAGUGGCUUUGGUGCUCCAGGCUCGCGCCAGUAUGCCUCGGCCGACGACAUGGUGAACCUGCUGGCGUGCUUCGCACGGUCCGACAGCGGCGUCGACAUGGCAACACAGCUGCAGGUGCAGCAGCAGGAGGCGCCGGUUGCGCGCAUGCAACAUGUGCCGCUCUCGUUCAGCAACGUCAUCCCUGACGGCGGCUCGGCACACAUGGUUCCGAGCUUCGCUGCUGGCGAGGGCGAAAGCAUGGCCGCAGCCAUGGCCGGGCCUAGGCCGGUGUCGCCGCAGGCAGCAGGCGUGGCGGCAGUGGCCGCGGCGGCGGCGGCCAUGCUGUCACCGGCACCGCCACUGCUGACAGUGGGGCAGCAGCAGCCGGGGCCUACUGAGCUGAUUCCGGUGCGCAGCGCGGUGCGGGCGCGCGGCAGCCACGCGGGCCACCCAGCAGGGGCUGCUGCUGUCGACCUGCGCCAGGGCCUUCCCGACCUCGGCGCUGGUGCUGGUGCCGGCGCCGAGCCCCCCGCAGCAGCAGACGUCGCUCCCGCCACCCGCCUGCUGUCGGGCCGCCAGCACCCCGUCUGUUGCUGGCCACAGCCGCUCGCUGCUGCUGUUGUAGGCACUGGCGCCGGCACCGCUGCCGAGCGGCCGCCGAGCGCAGGCAUGUCCUUUGGCGGCUAUGGCAUUGACGGCAACGACGACGAUGACUCGCCGGUAGAGGGUCACUUGGAGGCGCUGGCAGCAGCCGCGCCCACUGGCAACAACAGCCAGCGCACGUCGGUCACCAUGAUCGACGCCUUUGACGUGCUCACAAGCAUGGAGCGAAUCAAGACGCUUCAAAUCGAGCCGCCGCAUGCCGCGCCCGCCCAGCACCACGACAACGAGGCGCCCCCGCACGCAACCGUCGCCGCCACCGCUGCCUGCUGCCCCAAGCCCGCCGAGCUGCUGCAUACCGACGGCCAGCACCACACCGGAGCACACCUGCAGCAGCUGCAGCUGCCGCAGCACGCAAGGCUUACAAGGCUGUCUGCACCAGAUUUCUUCGCGGAUGCACCGCACGCAGCCGCCGCCACGCACUUUGGCGCCGUCAGCAUUGCCGGCGCCGUCGCCAGCGUCACUGCAGCCGACGCCUGCCCCUCCUCCAACAGCGCGCCUCUCCCCUGCUUUGCCCUGGGCUCAGGCAUGGUGGAUUUCCUCGCUCCGCCCACCGGCUUGACAGGCGAUGGCGCCGCCGCAGCCGCAGGCAUUGCUUGGGCCUUGCAGCAGGCGGCCCGCAGCAGCUAUGACGGCGGCAGCCACGUCCCGUACCCGCACCCGUACGCACAACAGCAGGCACGGAUGCACGUCAGCGGUGCAGGCACCAUCACCGGCUCCGCGCCCUCCACGUGUGCAGCCUACGGCCUCGCUGACUCGCUCGUGCCCACCGCCACACGUGCAGCGUCAGCCACCCCCGGCGAUAUUACCUUCAACGGGGGUGUGGUGGACGACGUGCGCCAGCUGUGCCAGCCGCUGCAGCUGUUCGCGGGACUGGAUCCCGCGGGCCUCAUUCCGGAGCUGCAAUACCAGCAGCACCUGCACCAGCACCAGCAUCAAGCGGACGGGACGACCGCCAGCGCGCCCGCCGUGAUCAGCGUCGCCCGGAAGCGUCAGCAGCACCAGCACCAGCAGCACCAACAGCAGCAGCGCCAGCAGCACCAGCACCAACAGCAGCACCAGCACCAGCACCAACAGCAGGCGCCUGGGCUGGUGAGGCUGCUGUCCGGCACCAUGAUGCACGCCGGGGUGCCCCGCCAGCAGCAGCAGCAGCAGCAGGGCUCGGCCGCCUCCGCAGGAGGAGCGGCAGCUGCUGCAGCGGCCGCGCCGCCGCCGCCGCUGGCUGCAGUUCGGGUCAAGGUGGAGGUCGCCGCGGAAGAGGGUGGCGCGCCUGGCCCGGUGCGGCAGCAGCCGCUGCGUGCCGCGCAGGCGCAGGCGCAGGCACUGGCGCUCGUGGUGAAGCUGGAGCAGCAGCAGGCAGCAGAGGAGCACAUCGACGUACUGCUGCUGGGUGUGCCGCAGCAGGAGCGCCGCCGCCGCCUGCCGCAUGACGACGACGCGGACCGCGACUACGUGUGCAGCGAGGGCGAGGGCGAGCAGGCCGCGGCCGAGCGGGGCGAUGUGGACGACGUGGACGACGAGGGCGAGGCGGGCGGUGCUGGGCGCAAGAAGAAGCAAGGCGGCGGCGGUGGCAGGGGCUCCGCCGCCGGGCUCGGCGCCGCCCGCGCCAAGGGCAAAGCCGCCAAGGGCAGGGCCAGCUCGGCCACCGGCUCUCCGGCGCACAAGGGCAAGCGCAACGGCGGCGGCCCGGGCAAGGCGGCCCAGGCGCGCGCCAAGGCGCAGGUGGCUGUGGAGUGGCCGGUGGGGCUGCAGGCGGAGCCUGCCGCCGCCGCUCAGGACUACGAGGCCGCGGGCGGCAGCGGGGGUGGCGGCGGCGGAGAGCUGGAGGCGCGCAGCCGCCAGGUGACCCUGGCCGACCUGAAGCUGUACUAUGAAUCGCCCAUCAAGUCCGCCUCCAAGGCGCUCGGCUUCAGCCUGUCGUGCUUCAAGAAGCUCUGCCGCCGCCUUGGUGUGCCGCGAUGGCCCGCGCGCAAGCUUCUGUGCCUCAAGAAGAUGCGCGACGCCCUGCGGGCGGCGGGCAGCGACUGCGGCGGCCGCGGCAGCAGCAUCGACUCCGAGAUUAGCGCAGAAGAGCGCGAGCGACUGCUGGAGCGAGUCAAGCUCAACAUAGCCGAGAUCUACGACAACCCCGACACCCCGAUGUACGGCGAGUUCACACGCGUACGGCACCUGCAAUACAAGAGCCGUACCACGGUGCGCCGCAAGGCGGAGAGCAGCGCCCAGGCGGCUGGUGGCGGUGUGGCGAAGCGCCAGGGCUGGCGCGAAUGCUACUCGCUCGGUGCCGACGACAGCACGAGUGAGGGGGAGGCGGAGGUGGAGGACGAUGUGGAGGACGAGGAGCAGGUGGAGGAGAGCGAUGGCCCUAUGUCUGCCGUUUGACCCUCCACGCGUCAUGCAUGGACGCGGCGGAAGGGCUUUCCUUCCCGCCCCGCCUGCUGGGCUCCACAGUCCUCGGCAACGACGCGCCUGCCGCUGCACCAAUGUGUACGGUGACUAAUUGACUAAUUUAUCAUGUAUAUAACCCGCCGUGAUGUACGCCCGGUGACCGGGAGCCGUGGGUGUGGUGCGGCUGCUGUGGCGGCGGCGGAGCAGCAGGACAGGCAGCGGGAGCAGCGGUGUGCGGGGACGGGUGGGGCGACUUUGCGAAAGGGACGACCAGACAGACUGGCUGCUCAAAAGAAAUUACUGGUGCUAGAUUGCUCAAGAAACAAACGAUGCCGAAACGUAUGUACUCAGCUGGCGCAACACCGCCAGUGGAAUAAUGAGGGGUGGAGGUCGUUCGGCUUCCGGCACCCAAGGGUGGAAAUGGAAAGUCUUGCUCGCAGGGAAUCUUAGCAGCAGGCUAGCUAGAGCUAUGUUCGCGUGCACAUGUCUGGUGUGGGAGAGAUUGAGAUUGGGAGGAAGUUGUGCACGGAGGACAAUGUGUGUGUUUUGUUCUCCGGCCGCGUCGCCGUGCUUCUCACUGCGCAUUCAGCGCAUUGCAAAGUGGGCAGGCAAACUUCUUUGCUUUGAUGAAGGAGUGAUGCGGUGCCCCGUUGUGUUGGCGCACGCAGGGCCGCUUUGCAUAGAAAUUGUAGAGUAGAGGCGUGGAUGUUGCGCGCGUUCGUGUGCGCGCGCAAGCGAAACUUCAUGCACAAUUGAUACGUGGCACAGCCGGCAUGUAGGGCCAGUAGGCACUUAGCUCCUGUCACCAAGAGGCACCGCCCGGCCCAUGCUUGGGCUGGGGCACUGAACCAUUGAUAGCCAUUCAAGUGGAGAAGAGAUUCACGAAUGAAGAGUGAGAAAGCGAUGCAGAACGGAGUACACUGGCCCGGUUUCAGAGGCUCCAGAGAUGGUGUUUGCUUGGGCCUGAGUAUGCCGGUCAGAGACUCGGAGAUAGAGUCAGAGACUCGGAGACUGAGUUAGAAUGGUCUGCAGCAACGCGGGUGGCUUAGAUUCUUAUGAUGACCGAUGAGUCGCUGGGUAGCGGCUGUGUGGUCGUGACUGGGGAGGGACACAGCAGGCCCAAGCUGAGGCGCCCCCACGUGUAGCGCCCCAUACUAUUGUUUUGCGAUCGGAUAGUUUGUCAAGUUGUAUGGUGAAGGUUUGUGAAAUUCAAACGUGCACUGGGCUAGACUUGAUGGUCGUCGUGGCGGGAUUUGCUCCGCCAUAACAUGCCAAGCGCUGAAUUCAACGUGACUGCGUUUGCCUUCGCUUGGGCUUGAGCUCCCAGGAGGACUGAUGGUACCUGCGGUAUGUUGUGUUGUGUCGUGGGCAUGGAGACCAUAAGCUCUGCUAACCAUAGGCGUUGUCAGGCAGGCUCGAAACUGAUGAUGUUUUGGGGGCAGACGACACUGAAACCUGAAUGUAUGGCGUUCAAGGUCGGCUGUCACAUAUCCGUGCGUAGCCACACAGGUGGACCACCUAGGAUGCGCCUUCACAUGGGUACCGUCAUUCGCGAGGUGGAUGGGCCACGAGGUGCUAGCUGCUCACUGAGGGGCGCACGGGGUUUGUGUCGAUCAAGGUGGCGUCCGUGCAUUCAUGUUUUUUCCGCGCUGAAAUGAGCAAGUUUGGAUGCUUUUGCAGUGGGUUUGGAAGCGUAUCAUAUAAUGGUAUUCUGUGGGGAUUAGUUUCAGGUAGUAUCGGCUUCUGGUGGAGAUUUUGGGGAGCGGUGACAGCGAGCGGGCUGGGGUACUGUGGCGGGGCUGUGGCGUGGCUGUGGCCAAAUGCUCCCUUGUGACAAACAGAGACGUUUGGAGUCGUGUGGGCGCCGCAAAUACACAUUUGCGGUGUGAUUGGUGUAGCUGCAAUGGGUUGUGGUGGGAGGCGAGAUGGACGCAACGGGAGGAGGAAGAGCAGAAGUAAGUAAUAGCGCCCAGGGGCGCCGUAGACUGAAGACGUGGUAGACACUAGUGAUGGAGAUGGGAGAAUGGGGGAGAUGGUAAAUGUGGGAUGGGUGAUCUGCCGACCUCACCGUUUGGGGGUCAGCCUGGUGCGGUUGGUGUGGCGGCUUGCCAGACGAGUAACGGUAUAUAGCGAUUACGGGACAUGGCGGGGGUAACUAGUAUGUGAAAUGUACGUCUUUGCGCACUGGGCCUGCGCGCCGUGCGACUGGGCUGCGCUGGCGGUGGCCCGUGUGCUCGGCUCCGUAGCUGCGAGCGACCGGUCGACUGCUCUUCGCAAACUGGCACUUGUGCAUACCGUAUGCACGCAAGCCAUGUCGUGUGCUAUGUUAUGCUGAGGGAACGCUGCUGCCAGGUUGGCAAGCAUGCAAUCUCCGCCAGUGCACCGGCUGCGGAUAUUUUGAUGUGCUGUACAGGCAUGUGCGUCCUAAGCAGAUGCCGGUUGCAGCAAGGCCUGGACCGAAACGCAUGCUUUGCCAUGAUUGUCCUUUGUGGUGGGAGGUUCCGCGGGUAUGGCAGGUAGUAAACCGCAUACCGUAGUAUGCUGGACCUUUUUGUGCAGGGGGCUGCGCGAUAGGAGCGCACGGUUUUUGCUUCUUGAAUACGCGAGCACCUGUGUGUGUUGGAGGUCACGGGAGAAGCAGGAGCACGCAGGACAGUGUGAGCGGUUUUGGUUUGUGUACGAGUCGCCUGUGCAGCUGGAGCACUUGACCUACCGUGCUCAGUCGACUCCAAUUUACACAUGGCUGUGAUGACAAUGAUGGAAUGAUGGUGGGGGGCUGUUGUUGUCUGCACGUGUUUGAAGUACAAAUACGGCUAUGAUGAGAAGCGGGUACAGGAAGAACCUCGGUUGUGUUUGGUGUGGCAGCCUGGCAGAGAUCCAAGGUAUGAAGCAAUGUGGUACAUGCUCACGCUUAGUGGGAGCACUGGUACUAGCAGCAGAAGCGGCGGUAAACGGGGGUGAUAAUAAUUUAUGAGUGGCUAAACUAAAUCGCG